GAUUAGACGUAUCAGGCAAAAGCAUAAAAUGCAAAGUAAUGUAAACACUACGCCUAGCAAGCCUUACUAUAUUUAUAACCAGCAAAAAAAUAUCUGUAUAGAUAAUACCUUCUUAACCUCUUCUUCUGUUCAAUACCAGAGAUACUAUUCCUAUAGGACAGAUAAGCCACAUCCAUUGACUCCUCCUCCAUUGCCACCAAAGCCUAUUACGUUAAUGAAUAGCUUCGAAAGAUACACUAUAUGA